AUGAAUCUACUAAUUUUCGUUUUAUUUUCAACAUUUGCAUCUUUCUCCAAUGCUGGUCCCAUUGUAAAUGUCAAGUACGGGAAAAUCGAGGGUUUCGAACACACUUCACCAACCGGUCAUGUCUCCGAAGUAUUUCUGGCUGUUCCAUUCGCCAAACCACCGAUCGGAGAUCUGAGAUUUGAACGACCCGAAGAACCAGAACAUUGGGAAGAUGUCUACCAAGCCACACAGUUCCGAAAUGAUUGUACUCCUCAUUAUUCGCUGGUGGCCACAUUCUCCCAUUAUUCGGGCGAAGAUUGUCUCACAUUGAAUAUCAUUAAACCAAAAACGGUUUCCGGAAAACUUCCCGUCCUAUUUUGGGUUCAUGGCGGAGGAUAUUCGAUUGGAUCAGCGAGUCAACAUGGAUAUCAAGUAUUCGCUGAUAAAUACGUUCCGAAAGGAGUUAUUGUUGUUACCAUUCAAUAUCGGCUAGGAUUCAUGGGAUUUUUCACACAAGGAAAAUCUGGAAAUAUGGGACUUUUCGAUCAAGCAGCAGCUCUCAGAUUUGUGCACGAGAAUAUUGAUAAUUUUGGCGGUGAUAAAUGUAAAAUAACCAUUUGGGGAUACAGUGCUGGUGGAGCAAGUGUUUCUCAAUUGACCAUCAGUCCAUAUACUCGAGAUCUUUACGACAAGGCUAUCGUGAUGUCAGCUAGCUCGUAUGCUGGCUGGGCAACUGGCGCUGAAAUCGAGAACCAUUCGAAGGAACUGGCUGAGGCUUUGAACUGCGAUUGGAAUGAUGCCAUUGAAUGCAUGAAGAGCAAAUCCGUUGAAGAAAUUUUCUCAGCGGUUGACAAAAUUGGCUACACAACUCAGAAUAUUGAUAGCAUUAAAUGGUCGCCGAUUAUCGAUGGAGACUUCUUGCCAGCACAUCCUGAUGAACUGCUGUCGCAAAGUCCGGUUAAGCCUACAUUAAUCGGACUUAGUAGCAAGGAAGGAACAUAUUUCACAACUAUGAACCUUGGAAGGGUUCUCAGUACAUUUGCUGUCACCAAAGAGGAUUGCGAGAAAAUUGAUGAGAAAUUCGUUUUGAACUUUAUCAAAAACAAAAUAUUGUACAAUAAUCGGUUCGGAUCAAAAAGUGACAAUGCUUUGAAGAAAAUCUCCGAGUUCUAUUUGCGCCGAAACCGACCGGAACACCUCGAAGGCAAUGCAUUCUUCCUCGAUGCUUAUGCGCAGCUAGUUUCUGACAUUUUCUUCAAUGUUCCAGUUAUUCGUGAUAUAAUUCGUCGAGUUGAAUUGAACACCCCAAUUUGGGCAUAUAAGUUUGAAUGUUUCGACGAUGCCAUUUGGCACGAUCACAUUCCGAAAUCGAUUCGGGGAUCCCCUCAUGCAAAUGAAUAUCAUUAUUUAUUCGAUUUGCCACUAAUAGCAAAUAUCGACACAUCGAAAGGGAAACCAAAAGAAAUCCAAGAAAAUCUUAUUGAUAUGGUGGUCUCGUUUGCCAAAAAUGGACGUCCAGAAAUUCAAAAUAUUCGAUGGAAUCCAGUGAAUAAUAGCGACGAGAUAAAUUAUUUGAGUUUCACGCAAAACGGGUUAACAUUGAAUAACGGAGAUUACUUUGAAGAAAAUACAUCAUUUUGGAAUAAUCUUCGAGAAGACCUAGGACUCGAUGUUGUCGAUCCGACAAGUACAAGAAAAAAUCGUGAAAAAACCGAGCUUUAG